AGCUGGUUCACUUCCUAUAGGGACUGAAAACCAAGUGAGGAGAUGAAGAACGAUACCAAACUACAGCAGAGAAUACAGACAGGAUAGUGGAUGCAGAUGGAUCUUCAUCAUCACCCAAAGGACAUACGCACAACUAUGGGAAGAUAUCCAGACCCUUCACAGCAUUGCUGAAUGCAGAGAAGGUUGUGCAGUGAAACCAUCAUCUUGAAGUAGGUCAGGUCAGGACAGCUUUGACAUAUCAUCAGAUCUGAAACUGGUCACUGGUGUGGAGCCUUCAUUAGAACUGACCUUUCUGAAGGUUCGGCUGUGGGUGAUCGGUAUGGAUGAGGCUGGGAAAAGCAUGAGCGGCUCCAAGUGCGGUGAGAGCUUCAGUCAUUCAUCAAGCCUCAUGAACCACUAAUUCCUACGGGUGAGACACGGUUCAAAUAUCAGAUGUAUGAAGAGAGUGCUACACUUAUCUAAUUUGAAGUGUGUGCCUGUGUGUGCAAGGACAUCUUCAUGGAACCAAAACAUUUCAAGUGUGAGGUUUGUGACAAAGCAUUUGUGAAAUCUACCCACCCAUUGGUACAGCAGAGAAUUCACACAGGGCAGAAACCAUUCAGGUGUCAGUUAUGUCAAGCAGCUUUCACCCAAUCUUCCAAUCCUGUAACACACCAGAAGUCUCAUGCAGGUGAAAAGCCAUUCACAUGCAAUGUUUGUGACAAAUCCUUCCUGCAAUCAUCAUAUCUCCGUGCACACCAACGUAGUCACACCGGGGAGAAACCGUUCAAGUGCAAGGUUUGUGAUAAAUCAUUCUCACUAUCUUCAACUCUCCACCGACACAAACGUACUCACACAGGGGAAAAACCAUUUGUGUGCAAGAUUUGUGACAAAUCAUUUUCGCAGUCAUCAACUCUUCACGCACACCAACGCACUCACACCGGAGAAAGACCAUUCACAUGUAAUGUGUGUGACAAAUCAUUCACACAGUCAGGGAAUCUCCGCACACACCAACGCACUCACACAGGGGAGAGACUUUAUAGGUGUAUGGAGUGUGAUAAAUCAUUCCCUAACUCGUCAAGACUCCUGCUCCAUCAGAGAAUUCACACAGGGGAGAAACCAUUCAGGUGUCAGAUAUGUCAGGCAGCUUUCACCCAAUCUUCCAAUCUCCUGACACACCAGAAGAUUCAUACAGGAGAAAAGCCAUUCACAUGCAAGGUUUGUGACAAAUCCUUCCUGCAAUCAUCAUAUCUCCGUGCACACCAACGUAGUCACACUGGGGAGAAACCGUUCAAGUGCAAGGUUUGUGAUAAAUCAUUCUCACUAUCUUCAACUCUCCACCGACACCAGCGUACUCGCACACGGGACAAACUGUUUGUAUGCAAGAUUUGUGACAAAUCAUUUUCGCAGUCAUCAACUCUUCAUGCACACCAACGCACUCAUACUGGAGAAAAGCCAUUCACAUGUAAUGUGUGUGACAAAUCGUUCACACAGUCAGGGAAUCUCCGCACGCACCAACGCAUUCACACAGGGGAGAGACUGUAUAAAUGUUUGGAGUGUGACAAAUCAUUCCCUGACUCAUCAAGACUCCUGCUCCAUCAGAGAAUUCACACAGGGGAAAAACCAUUUAUAUGCAAGGUGUGUGAGAAAUCUUUCUCAAAGUCAUCGAACCUACGUGCACACCAACGUGUUCACACUGGCGAGAAGCCAUUUACAUGUGAUGUCUGUGAUAAAGCAUUUGCAAAAUCUACACACCUCCUGAUACACCAGAGAAUUCACACGGGGGAGAAACCAUUCAGGUGUCAGAUAUGUCAGGCAGCUUUCACCCAAUCUUCCAAUCUCCUGACACACCAGAAGUUUCAUACAGGAGAAAAGCCAUUCACAUGCAAGGUUUGUGACAAAUCCUUCUUGCAAUCAUCGUGUCUCCGUGCACACCAACGUAGUCAUACUGGGGAGAAGCCUUUCAAGUGCAAGGUUUGUGAUAAAUCAUUCUCACUGUCUUCAACUCUCCAUCGACACCAACGUAUUCACACAGGGGAAAAACCGUUUUCAUGCAGGAUGUGUGACAGAUCAUUUUCGCAGUCAUCAACCCUUCAUGCACACCAGCGCACUCAUACUGGAGAAAAACCAUUCACAUGUAACAUGUGCGACAAAUCAUUCACGCAGUCAGGGAAUCUUCGGACACACCAACGUACUCACACUGGCGAGAAACUGUAUAAGUGUUUCGAGUGUGACAAAUCAUUCCCUGACUCAUCAAGACUCCUCCUCCACCAGAGAAUUCACACAGGGGAGAAACCAUUCAUGUGCGAGCUGUGUGAAAAGUCAUUCUCAAAGUCAUCGAACCUACGUGCACACCAACGUAUUCAUACCGGGGAGAAGCCAUUUACAUGUGACGUAUGUGACAAAUCAUUUUCGGAGUCAUCAAACCUUCAUAAACAUCAACGCCUUCACACAAGACGUACAAGCAAGGGAAGCAGAUGGACGUCACCAAUAUGCUGUUGAGAGGUGUACGCUCCCUGAAGGAAGUUAAUGCUGAUACAGAAUUUGGAGUCUUCUAAACUUAACCAGCAACAGCACAACAUGUGCCAGAAGUCAUCAACCCAGUGAAGACAUUGAAUAUGUCAGAACAGUGUCUUUCUCAGAUAAAAUAACAACACAAUGAGUUACAACUCUUCAGGUGUUGUAGGAGGUUGUGAUGGCCAUUAAGUAUACUUUUUUUUACUGUCAGAAACUAUUGGACAAACAGAUGAGGUGAUUGUUCAAGAUGGCAUCUUGUACAAAGGGAACAGGGUUAUUAUCCCUAAAGAGAUGUAAAGAGAGAUGCUGAAACACACCCUGCACAAACCAGCAAGGAAUCGGGUUUACCUUGUGGAAGGUAAGGGAUGUGCUUUCCUGCCCAAACAUGAGCAAUGAGAUGAAGUACAACAUCAGACAGCGCAGUGCUUGUAAUGGAUAUCAAAUUAAAUAAGAUAAAGAGCUGCUCAUGACUCAUUUCAUCCCAGACAGCCCACGAAUGAAGCUUGGAGUACAGCUCUUCAAUCUCACUGGAAAUGAUUAUCUCAUCACAUUCAACCGCUUUUGAGACAUCAGGGAGUCAGAGCAGCUGAUUUCAGCAACUCCCAGUGAGAUUGUAGAAUGGCUGAAAACACACUUCCAUCACCCUGACACUGCUGACGUUUUGAUCAGUGACAAUGACUUCAAUUCACGAGUGAAGAUCAGACACCUUAGAAAAGCUUGGGAAAUUCAGCACUACAUAUCUGCCAGCCAAGUCAAAAGCUGAGGCAGUGUGGUAAUUGCCAAAGGGGUCAUCAAAAAGUAUCUAGUACAGAUGUGUACGACGCAAUCUUAAAGUACAGAUUUAUAACAACUAAAGGCACAGUUGUCACUACAAGCUCUAAAGUGUUCAAAUCCAGUCAUUAAUAGCAGACCACACCCAGGCUGCUCUUCCAAAUGAUCAAAAGCUACUGAGUCUAGAAGUAGUAACAACGCGUGAGAACAUGAAAGAGAACUGACAGAAAUUUAAUAACUUUAAUACCACUUCCAAUUCUUGUGAGAGUUGAGAAUUGGAGCGUCAUUCAGAGAGUAAACGUUCAACAUAUUCAACAGAAGUCACACCCUCGGCCACCUGGGACCUGUACACAGGAGUCGUCACGUCAAUCACACACAGUGAAAAUGACUGAUCAGAUUUAUAAUCAGUAUUGCAAUCUUCUACCUGCAACUGAAGAAGCUGCACCUUCACAGCAGACAGGGACUGAAGAUGCAAAUCUGAUUUCAAAACCUAAGAAAGCAACUGAACAGCCAUCAGUCUCGACCAUUCUCGAGCAAUGCACCAGAUCAGCAGCAACAACCAACACACCAGCAAUACCUCCCACAGUAGCCAUAUUCCCUCGAGAAGCAAAGUCACCUCAGGAACUAGGUGCCUUUGAAAUGUAUAGCCCAGCAGCGACUUGUAGGCAUAACAUCAGAAAAGCUGAAUGCUUUAAAGUUACAUGGGUAAUACCGUGUGGAGGUAGAUGAAAUUAGAACAACCUAGAAAGAACCACCAGAUUUUUCUCCAUGUCUGAUCAAUUUCUUUGUAAAAUAUAGAUUGAAACUGAUAGUGAUUGUAAUUAUUUUUUCUACAUAAAACAGGGUGUUCUGAUAAAUCCCUUUGAGCACUGUCACUUCCCAGGUUCUCUGACCUUAUGUCAUUUUAUGUAAUUGAAAUAUCAAUAAAGAUUUUGAACAGAGGCCAUUAUACCUACGUUAUGAAACAGACUCCUUUUCCAAGGGCUCCCUCUAGUUCUAUUUCCUGUGUACUGGAUACCCUGUACAGUUCAGACCGGGAUACUCCUGUGCUCCUUGUCCAGUUCAGACUGGGUGAUUCCUGUACUCUGUGUCCAGUUCAGACCAGGAGAUUCCUGUACCCAGGACCGGGUGGUUCUCUAAGUGUUUGCAGCUCUGAUCUUUCAUAUGGAGAACCUGAGAUUGAGGGGGUGACAGGAGAUGAAGGAUUGGGCAGCAGCUGCCAUGACAUAGCCCAGAUUGAAAUCCUUAUUCACAGCUCAGUUACACACAGUCAAAAGGAAAAGGCAAGUGUCCAUCACUCGGUUUUCAAGGGGCUGAGUUGAGGUUUGGGAUCUUCCAGCUGCUGAGUGAGUUUGAGCCUCAAAAAAUGGAGGUCUCAGCUGGGUAAGAACCUUGGGACGCAGGACGUUGAGAUUGAAACACAGCCCGUCCACGAGGGGCGGAGUCUGAGUGUGGGGGAAUAGGCGUGAAGCAGGAGGAAGGAAUUUUGGGGUGCAAGAAUAUGCUGGGGGGAGUGGCUAAAGAGCUCAUCAUGAUAGAGGAACAGACCAUUGUAACAAAGAGAAUACAGUCCUUUGGAUUGCUGAAUGGGGAGCAGAAGGUAAAAUAUGUUUUGAGAUAGCUUCACACUGGAGGUAGUGAUGUUGAAAAUUGAGGCUGGCGGGGAGCAAGGUGGCAAAAUGAUCGCACUGGGAAAGGGAAAGGGUGAGUGCAGGAAUGUAGUAAUUGUGUUCAGUUUCUCUUCAGUACCUCCAGGAUAUUCACAGUGGGACACUGAGUUAUGGUAACAGGACUGAAUGGCAAUAGAUAGUGGUUAAACUCUAGUUGAAAAUGAUCAAUGCCUGUCUAUUGUGUAGUACCAAAAUUACUGCCACUUGUCAGCCCAGCCUGGAUGCUGUCUUAGCCUUGCAGCGUGUUGACAGAAACUGCUUUUGUAAAGGGACCCUUUACAAAACAUUAGCUUUCCUGUUCCUCUUAUACUGCUUGACCUGCUGUGUUCCUCCAGCUCCACACUUUGUUUUCUCUGACUCCGGCAUCUGCAGUUCAUGCUUUCUCAGUCUUGUUUUGAUGUUUUGACAACAAGUUCGAAUUUGGCCAAUUAAUUUAAACCAAGGACUGAGCAAUUCAAAGCAAAUUGAAUUUAAAAACUGCUAGUGUUGACAACCUAAAACCAAUCAUAUUAUAAGAAUUUUAUGUGUUAGUGGGGAUAUGUAAGAAAAGAUUUUUUGAAGGUCAGGGAGAGAGCCAACUGCCAGGAGACAACACCUUAGCUCUCAGAGAAAGCACCAUCUAAUUAAUCAAAGGUAUCACGACAUAUUAGCUAUAAGUCUUUUGAGGGAAGACAUCCCUGACGGCAUAGUCAGCGGAAGAAAGACAUUUGUGACUUGAGAUUCAUAGAAGAAUGGCUGGAGAAGGCACAGUGGUCCAGAAAACACAGAGAUUAAGUUUUAAUUUAUUGUUGUUUUAUUAAUUGAGCAUAUAUAAGCCUGAUUGUUUGAACAACAUUCCAGUCGAAUUUAGUUCAGUUAGGGAAUACUUAGUACUUAGGGGGAAUUGUUUGAUUAUUAGUAAUGCUGUUAAUUUGUUGAUUGUUAAGGGAAAUAAAUACAUUGUUACUUGUUACUUAUAGAGUGCAUUAGGUAUUUUCUUUUUUCUAAUCAAUCUUUUAACAGAUUAGGCGAAAGGCAAGUUUCUAUGGUGUUUCAGGGGUACUUAAUAGAAGAGAACCUCUAUUCUCAUCAUAACAGACUGGGGCUAUGAAAGGUCCCAGCAGACUUAAACAGACUUAGGGACAAGUAUACUAGAGCUUUAAAAAAAAUUUUAAGUGAGAAGUAGAAAAUCUGUUUAAUUUCAGUUGUUUGCUGUUGGCUAAAUUAGAAGUGGGGAAUUGGCUCUUCACAUUGCCAAAGAGGUUUGGGGUGGAAGAUGCUUCCCAAAUUUGCCAAGAAAGUCUAGAAAGACAGAAAAAGGGGACACUUUUAGAAUUAGAAACAGGUUAGAAUUGGGUUUAAUGAGGGCUAAGUGGAAAACUAAAAUUGUAACAGUCAAACAUUUUGGUAUUGCAGAGAAACACUCAAGUGCAGUGCAGUUAGAAAAAAAUUAAAUGCAAAUGAGACAAUUGAAAUUAGAAAGUGAACUUAAAGAAAGGGAAAGAAUGUUUGAAUUUGAAAUGAUGAAGUUGGAACUUGAAGCAAAAAGAUUUCAAAUAGCAGAAGUAAAAGUACAAGGUAGAAGUGAUGAUGAGAAAACUCAUCAUAGCCAACAGCCUGGUAGAGAUGUGUACAAAUAUGUCCAAACAUUACCAAAAUUCAAUGAAAAAGAUGUUGAAGCCUUUUUCAUUUCCUCUGACAACCUGGCUGAACAGAUGAACUGGCCAGACACUAUGUGGAUAAUGUUAAUUCAGACCAAGUUGGUAGGAAAGGCUACUGAGGUGUUUGCAGUGCUAUCAGAGGAGGUGUCAGGAGAACAUGAAGUAGUAAAACAAGCUAUUUUAAGUGCCUAAGAACUGGUACUAGAAGCAUAUAGACAAUGGUUCAGAAAUGUAAGAAAGGAACCAGAUCAGACUCAUAUCGAGUUUCAAAGAAUUAAACAGAGCAACUUUGAUACAUGAAUGAGAGCAUGACAGAUAGAAAAGACCUAUGAGGAUCUCAGAAAUAUUAUUCUGCUGGAGGAGUCUAAAAACUCACUUCCAGAAAUGAUCAGAACUCAUAUUGAAAAACAGAAACAAAACAGAAAACAGAAAGGAACAGCGAAAAGAGCUACAGAAAUAGCAGAUGAAAAUGCAUUAGUGCAUAAAUCAAAAUCUAGCUUCCAACCGCAAUUUCAUUCCACAAAGGAUCGAAACUGGGAAAGAGGGAGAUCUUUCAAUGAAAAACAUUAUGUACAUCACAUUGGGAAUAGUUUACCAUGUGUGAAAAAUAAAUAUAAGAGGGUCGAAAAGAGCUGAAAGACUGCAAUAAGGUGGAAACACAAAGUCACAGUUCUGGUGGAUUAAGAAAGGCAUUGGUAAAAGGCUAAACCAGUGGGAUUAGUUGAGUUGGUGAAGGAAAUCCCAAGAGAAGUUGAGGAGCAGCAAGAGAGUGUGCAGCUUAGUCAUGGGCUGGAAAGUAAGAUACUGCCUAAUCUUUUCAAACACUUCACCUGUGAGUAAGGUUUACUUGUGUAGAAGAGAUGGAGUAGGGAAAGAAGUUGACAUAUUUAGAGAUAUGGGUGCUGGUCAGUGUCUAAUAGUAAGAGAUAAAAAUAUGUGCACUCCAUCCAAAAUGUUGCUGGAGAGAGUGAUAAUCUGUUGGAGAGAGAAUUAGUGUUUCCCUGUGUAAAGUAAGGCUAGCAAGUCCAAUCAUAACUGGAGAAAGAGAUAGUGGCAGUGAUUUAAACAAGUGGCUAUUCCAGGAAUACAGUCUGUUCUUAGAAAUUAUUUUGCUGGUUUGAAGGCGAUGCACCUUGUAGUGGAGAGUCCGAAAGAAAAUCAAGGAACUGCAGAGUUAAAAGGAAAAUACCCUGGCAUUUUUCCGGACUGUGUGGUGACAAUAUCCCACAGCCAUAAGCUAAAACAGGAAGGGAAAACAAAAGACCAAGAUGAAGGAGUUGAGGUCCAGUUAGCUGACACCCUGUUUGAUGAAAUGGUAAAGGAAAAACUUAAGCAUUUAGAGGAUCAAGCAGAGGUGUUUGGUUCUUAGAGCUGAAUAGAAUUACCACAAAAAGAUGAGACAGUAAAGGAUUUAUAUCAUAAAGCCUACUUGGACAAGGAAUCAGAACAUAUUCCAGAAUUUUAUUAUCUUAAAGAUAAAAUCUUAAGGUUGAAAUAGAGACUUUGGCAGGUUUGUGUAGAUGAGAAAUGGGUGGAAGUUCACCAGAUUUUGUUGCCGUUAGAAUACAGACAGGAAGUAUUUCGGGUAACACGAGUUACCUGUAAGAGGUCAUCUAGGAUUGUGAAAAACUCAGGAUAACGUACUGAAGUAUUUCCAUUGGCCUGGAUUACAUAAAGAUGUGGUUGCAUUUUGCUGUACCUGUCAUAUAGGUCAAAUGGUAGGAAAGCCACAGGAGGUAAUAAAAGCAGCACCUGUGAUAGCCAGUUCACGCAUUUGAAAAACUUUCAUGCAGGUUAUGAUUGAUUGUGUAGAUUCCCUCGCUAAAACUAAAACUGGGAACCAGUAUUUGUUAACCACAAUCCAGAGGCAUUUCCAUUAUGUAAUGUUAAAGCCAAAAAUGUUAUGGAGGUGUUGCUUGCUUUCUUUACCUGUUAUGGACUACCCAGGGAGAUUCAGUCAGACCAAGGGUCCAAUUUUACUGUCAAAUUAUUUAAGGAGGUCAUGGAUGGUUUAGGCAUCAAAUACUCAAGUAUGUACCAUCCUGAAUCUCAGGGACCAUUUGGGAAGAUGGCAACAGACUCUAAAGACAACGCUGAGGGUUUAUUAACAGGAUUACACAAACAAUUAGCAUAAAGGUAUCCCAUUUAUAUUAUUUGCUAUUAGAGUUGCUCCAAAUGAAUCAACUCAGUUUACUCCAUUUUAAUUGAUACUCGGACAUGAAGUAAGUCAGCCUUUAAAAUUAAUUAAGGAAAUCUUGAUAGGUCUGAUGUCAGAGAUCUCACAGUUGGAUUAUUAUUUGAGGUAAGAAAAAGUUUAAACAAAGUAGGUAAAUUGGCUGGACAUCAUUUGAAGGUGUCAUAGCACAUAACAAAGCAAGAAGCAGAUAAGAAAUCUAAAGUUAAUAUGUUUGCCCAUGUGGAUAAAGUACUAGUACUGUUACCAGUGGUUGGAAAUCCCUUCAAAGCAAGGUUUACUGGUCCCUAACAGAUUGAGAAGAAGUCAAAUGAACUACCUGGUAAAGAUGCCAGUUCAGAGGAAAUGUAUUGGGUAUGUCAUGUGAACAUGCUGAAACCAGAAAAACAAGUAUUAGUUACUGCCACUCAGAGUGAGGAACUAAAUCCAGAUGAUUCGGAUUUCCAUGUGCCUCAAAAUAAAUUGACCACUGAGGAAGUCCUUAAAAGAAUGGGAAUAAGGUAGUGAGCUAUCUGUCCCAGGUACAGUGAAAGACUUGCUAUCGCGCUAUGAGGACAUAUGUGGAAAUAAAAUGGGGAGGGCUAAUACCUAUUACAUGAGGUUGACGUAGGGAAUACCAUUCCAAUAAAACAAUGCCUCUCUAGGCUUAAUCCUUUUAAAGCAGCACAGGUUCAGAAUGAAGUGGAAGUGGUGUUCCAAGAAGACAUCGUAGAGACAAGUCAAAAUGAGUCGAGUUCACCAAUCAUGUUCACCUGUUGGUACUCAGUAAUUCUGCUUAGAUUAUCAGAAAGUCAACCAUGACCAAGUCUAAGUCAUACCCAAUUCCAAUGCUGGAGGUCUGUAUGGAAAAAGUAGGACAGGGCACUUACACAAAGUUUGACUUAUUCCACGGUUACUGACAAGUACCUUUAUUGGACACAGCGAAAGACAUUUCUGUUUUUGUAACCACAAAUAGGUUACAUCAAUUUAAAGUAAUUCCCUUCAGAUUGAAAACUGCACCAGCUACUUUUCAAAGACUUAUGAGCAGAGUUGUGGCAGGAGUCACUAAUUGUGCUGUCUGUAUAGGUGACUUACUGAUCUGUUGCCAUUCAUGGAAAGAUCAAAUGCAGCAUUUGGCAGAUCUCUUUGAGAAACUACUGAAGGCAAAGUUGGUCAUAAACAUGGCAAAAAGAGAAUUCAUGAAAGUGGAAGUGAUGUUCUUAGGGCACGACAUUGGACACAGAUGGAUGACACCGAAUAACAUGAGGACGAAGACCAUCACGGAAUUUCCAAGACCGUCCUCGAAGAAGGAAGUACAAUUACUUUUCGGAUUAAAUGGAUUUUACAGAAAAUCUGUACCAAACUUCAGCAGCAUGUUGGCUCCUGUGGACAGAACAAGGCCAAGAGUCAUUUGAGAAUUUAAAAGUAGUGUUCACCACCACACCAGACUUAAGCACACCAAAUUUCUUGAAACUCUUCAAAGUUGCUAUCGACACAAGCAAUGUAAGUGUUGGAGCUGUGUUAUUACAAGAGGAUGAUUGUGGAAUUGACAGGCCAAUUGAUUUUUUUAAAAAAAGAAGCAAUAUCCAACAUAAAAAACAUUCAACCAUUGAAAACAAGUUUGUGAGUUCAGUAUUGGCCUUACAACAUUUGAAUAUGUACAUUGCAGAUAAAGCAUCAGAGAUGGUCAUGUACACCGAUAACAAUCCUUUGACAUUUCUGGAAAGAUAUAAGGAUGAGAACACCAGAUUAUUUCAUUGCAGUCUUAUGUUACAAGCAUUUAAUUUACAGAUUGUACAUGUUGUAGGUCGUGAAAAUGUUACUGCAGAUGCUGUUUCAUGGGUUUACAAGGAAAGUGUUUAUGUAAGAUAGAAACAAUAGUGUUCCAUGAUGUAUAUAUGUGGAAUUAGUAUGAGAUGUGUAAGUCUAUACGACUGAGAUAUGGAUCUAGUAAUAAUGGCAUUAAAGUUUAGACAAAAAAAGCCAGCUUUUCAUAAUGAUAGUUGACUUUGUUUUCUUAACACUGGGGGUGUUGCAAAGUUGGGUAGAGUACUCGUGGAUUGGAA